UCAGACGGGCAGGUUCAAUUUUGCCGCUUGUGCAGUGUUUGUCCCCCCGCAGGAGCGCAUUGAAAUCAAACUAAAUUCUAAAUCGGCGAGAAAAUUCGUGUCUAAUCAUUUUGUAAAACAGAAAUAAACCCUAUUUGCUAAACUUCCUCGUUCAAACAAAACACAAAAUUGCCAGCAAAAUAACGCUCGUGUUUCAAAAGUGUUCAAAUUAUACAAUUGUGUCAUCGAUCGACCGCCAUUGCCACAAACAUCAAGUAAGCAAAACAUCAAGUGCUACGCAAGAGAGCUGCACAGAUCACAGAAGGAAACGAGCUUAGAGCAGAUACAGAUACAGAUACAGUGCCAGCGACUGAAGCUGCAGCAGAAAUACCAGAAACAGAAUCAAUUGAAAUUGCAGCUGGAGCCGAAGGAAGAACUCCUGCAGUAGAAAAAAACGAGAAAACCUGCUUCGAAGAAAGAAGUACACUCCUACCAUCAUUACCAGCUCCGUCCAUGGCCACGGCGGCGGCAAGCAGAGUCCGGUGAAAAUGGACAAGGGCCGCCUGAGAUUGCCGCAACUUUCGCCAAAUUAGCAGAAGGCCAGGAACAGGAGAGCAGACAUCCACGGAGACACAGAGGAGACACAGCGGAGUCUCUCUCUCUCUCGUUGGCAAAGUAAAUAUUUGCGAAUCUCGACAAAAGGGCCACAACAAUAGCCAUUCAAUCGGAGCCGAGGAAUUAGCCACAAAAGAAGACGCAUCGCGCGAGUCCAUUAAGACCAAAGCCCCACUCCCCCCCCGUCGCCCCAUCGCCCCGUCGCCCCGUUUUGGCACGCACAGAUCCCGGGAGCAGGUCCAGAGCCGGUCCACUUAAAUGACCGAAUCCACACAGCUGCAGACGGCGGAGAACAACAACGCGGGCGUGGUGAAAAUGGAGCCACCGCCACCGGCGACCUCCUCAUCCUCGGGCCACGCGCUUUCCGCACUCUCCAUGGCGGCCACCGGCUCCGCCCUCUCCCCAGCCACACCGCCCCCAUCCGCCCUGGGUCUGGCCCAGCACCAGCACCAUCUCCACCACCAACAACAACAGCAACAGCAGCAGCAGCAGCACUAUGCCCUCAAAUGGAACGACUUCCAGACCUCGAUACUCAGCUCGUUCCGGCACCUGCGCGACGAGGAGGACUUCGUGGACGUGACCCUGGCCUGCGACGAGCGCUCCUUCACCGCCCACAAGGUGGUGCUCAGCGCCUGCAGUCCCUACUUUCGCAAACUGCUCAAGGCCAAUCCCUGCGAGCAUCCCAUUGUCAUACUGCGGGAUGUGCGAAGCGACGAUGUCGAGAAUCUAUUGAGCUUUAUGUACAACGGCGAGGUGAAUGUCAGUCACGAACAGUUGCCCGACUUCCUGAAGACUGCGCAUCUGCUGCAGAUCCGCGGACUGGCGGAUGUCAAUGGGGGCUAUCCCUAUGCCAAGGCCCUCUCCGCCGCCCUCUCGCACAGCAGCAGCAGCAGCCACAACAACAACAUCAGCAGUAGCCACAACAACAACCUGUCGGAGAGCAGCAGCCACAACAAGAUCAGCAGCUAUCUGCCGCAGGCCCAGACACAGAUCCCGAACAACAGCAACAUCAGCAGCGGCAGCGGCAGCAACAGCGGGGUGCUCAACAGCAGUCACGGUUCGCCCUUCAGCACGCCCCAGGCCCCAGCCUCAGUGCCGGCUUCGAGUGCCGCAGCGGCCGCGGCGGCAGCAGCAGCGGCAGCCUCCCUCACCGCUGCCGUGGCAGCAGCGGCAGCUGCCACAGCCAACGCCAACAGCAGCAGCGGCAGCAGCCAGGCACAGGGCCAGGGCCAGGGCCAGAGUGGAGGAAGCGGCAGUGGCACGCCCGCCAUCCAGGAGCUGAAGGCAUCGGCAGCGUCGCCCGCCAGCAGCAACCACUGGGACAUGAGCGAUCUGGAGGGGAGCCGCAAGAGCCACCUCACGCCGCCGCCGCAGAAGCGCAUCAAGAGCGCCGAUCUCUUCCGGGCCCAGCACGGCAUCAGCCCCGAGCGGCUGCUGCUCGACCGUGAGUUUCCCGUGGCCGGACAGCACCCGCUGACGCGCAACCGCAGCGGACGCGACACCUCCAAGGACCGGGAGCGCAACCUGGAGCUGCGCGAGUCCCUGCUGGGACAGGCCCUGGAGAACAGCAACGGCCAGCAGGCGGCGAAUCAGAAACACGAUCUCGGACAAAGUGCCGGCGAGGACUCGAACAGCAGCGACACGGAGCCCUCGGACCGGGGCGAUGGCCAGCACGAUGGCACCCUCGACGGCAUCGACGGCAAUCAGCGCUCGCACUCGUUCCCCAAUGCAUUCCUCGGCCUCCAGGGCAUACCCGGGCUGCUGCCUGGGCCCUCUGGAAUGGGCAGUGAUUUCGUGUCCCGAAGAUCCCUGGAGAUGCGCGUCCGUGCCACCGAUCCCCGUCCCUGCCCGAAAUGCGGCAAGAUCUACCGCUCGGCCCACACCCUGCGCACCCAUCUGGAGGACAAGCACACCGUCUGCCCCGGCUACCGGUGCGUCCUGUGCGGCACUGUGGCCAAGUCCCGCAACUCGCUGCACUCGCACAUGUCGCGCCAGCAUCGGGGCAUCUCCACCAAGGACCUGCCCGUGCUGCCGAUGCCCAGCCCCUUCGAUCCGGACCUCGCCUCGCGGCUCCUGGCCAAGGCCGGGGUCAAGAUAUCGCCCGCUGAGCUGCGCGCCCGAGCCUCGCCCACCGGCGGCAGUGGCAGCAGCGGCGGCGGUGGUGGUGGCGGAGGAGGCGGCGGUGGCAGUGGCGGGGCCAAGCUGGAUCUGAGCAACGCCAGCGGCGGACCACUGGACGAUGGCGAGGACUCCGACGAGGACCCCGAGGACCUGACCGUGGGCAACGGCCUGUACGGCAUGGGUGGCAGCAACAGCGACCUCAGUCGCUACCACGAGAGUCUCCUGAGCAACUUCGGGCACGCCAACACCACCAUCUCGCGGAUGCGAAACGAGGCUGCCGCGGCAGCGGCCACAGCGGCUGCUUUGGGCCAGCCCAAGGAUCUGGGCGUGCAGAUCCCCACCAGCAAUGCUGCGGGCCAGUCCCUGCUGGACACCUACCUGCAGUUCAUCACGGAGAACACGUUCGGCAUGGGCAUGUCCCAGGAACAGGCUGCAGCAGCGGCUCUGCGGGCCAAGAUGGCGCAACUGAAUGCCAUGGGUCACAGUCUGGAGAACCUGCCGCCUGGCCUGCUGCCCGGACAAUUCGAUCUGAGCAAGCUGGCCGCCGGUAACCCCGCCUUUGGCCAGAGCGGACCGGGCCUGUCGAUAGAACCGAUUCUGCGCCACGACCAGGAUCCAGCCCAGGGCCCACUGGCGCUGAACUCUGGCGGCCGGAUGCACGGGCAUGACUUGGACGAUGCGGACAAUGAUGGGGAGAUGCGGAGAGAGGGCUCAGAGCCCAUGGAUCUGGGCCUGGACAACAAUCAGUCGGGCAGCAACAACGAGGUGGCCAACUCGGAUGUUGAGGAGAACUACUCCGAGGACGAGGGCGUGCACAACACAUAAGGGAGCAGCAGCAGGAGUGUCAGAGUGUCAUUGCAUCAACAGUUGUAUACCGAAUACCCAUGGAACAUAUGUAACGAGUAGCCUUAUCCACAUGUAUACCAGUUUAUGUGUACAAUACGAUACAAAUACGAUACAAUACGAUAGAGAUACGGACCUAGGACUAGGAAAAAUCAUAUUUGUGCCGCUGCCAGAGCUGGCCUAGUAGAAUUCAAUGUUGUGCUUUUAAACUACCCAUACAUAUAUACUAUAUAAUGUAUGUAUAAAUAUACACAUGUACCUGUUGUGUAUACAAUUGAUGAAGGGGAUGGAUAUCCCCGAAACGAGCCCUGACAGGAGAAAGCUAAACCCCUAGAGUACCCUUUUAGUCGUAAGAUAGAUUUCACAUUGAAAGCGAAGAACCAGCCUGUAAAUACAUACAAAAACACCUAUGCCCCCAUCCCUCAGAA